AUGGCAAGGCCCCAUAUAGAUUUUGCUACCUCUAGUGGCAUCUCUAAUGAUCGACAAAGAGCGUUGGUUCCGACUAUUGACGCAACCAUAGAGUGUGUCUCUCUAUCCAAGCGUCAUUAUGCCUUAGGGCGUGGUUAUGUGGAACCACCGCAUUUCUUGUCGGAGUAUAUUCCCCAGUCCGUGUCUCCGCCUACUUUUAAUUAUUUUCCAUAUCUUCUCCAUCAACCCGCUUUCACCACCCCUCAAUAUUGGCCUUGGUGCGAUAGUUCCAUCCACACUCGAUGGGUCAAGUGGCUUGAACGCCUAAAGCCUCACUUUGAAAGCGAAUGGAAAUCCCUCAAAAUUUUUUAUUUAAUCAUGUUCUGCAGAGAUGGCAUCCCAUUUUGUCCUGACCUGAUGGCUGCCGCAACUUUCUACUGGAGUCACUCCUCCAAUGUUUUUAUGUUUCCUUGCGGUCCCAUGUCAGUUACAUUGCUAGAUUUGUGCAUGAUAACUGGUUUGGCUCCUUUUGGCGAAACAAGAGUCGACAUCAUGCUGUCUGCUGACCUUCGAAAUCUUGACCAUCAAACUGCUCAACAAUCUUACGACCAGUAUAUGGAUGCCCACAAUCAGGAGAAAGACAUUCCCACUGUCAAUGAGCACACUGAAUUCCUUGCGAUUUGGUUGAAUAGGUAUGUAUUCUGCUCUAGAUCUAUGCAGAUGACCUCUGAGUUCAUUAAUGUCGCAUAUUCCUUGGCAAAAGGCCAGAAACUUGAUUUGUGCACCGCUUUGCUUACCAAUUUUUACCGUUCUAUGUAUGAGCUGUGCUCGAAUCCUCAAUCCCAUAUGUUUGGUCCUUUGUGGAUUUUACCCCUUUGGGUGUAUUGUUAUUUUCCUGAUGUCCGGCCCAAGAACGUGGUGAUUCCCAUUGGCCGCCCCAUCUGUUCGGCCUUCCAGAAUUCUGAAAUCCCAAACAUCUCUUACGAAAGCUUUUUCCGUCGCUUUUAUGAAGCAACCGGUGAUAAAUCUCCUGCUUUUAACUGUAUGACAUCACAUUUGACCGUUGGCCACUGGUUUCCCUCUUUCGGCCCGACUGCAGCCACUCAAGUCUCAAUCGGACCACGUGAUCGUAGUGCCUUCGACGGUAUUGAUCAAAUCUGGGCCUCUUUUUUGACUACUCGUGAUAUCUUUUGUGGGUUUUGUCCCUUGAAUGAAUCUAGUGCCAACCUCAAGAUGUGGUGCGAGUUUUAUCCGUCCAAUUUCUGUGCUCGUCAAUUCGGAUUUUUCCAAAUUGCUCCUAAUUACGAUUAUAGCUGUUGGCAAACCUGGCGUUCUGGACGAUAUGAUUUGGAUCUGGACGAAUACAAUGUUCAUUUAAGCCACCAAUUGGUAAGAAUGGAUGGUUUCAAACUGCCUGACUUUAACCCCACCUUGGGUACUAUGCCUGGCUUUGACUAUUGGUGGAGGGUUGUGUGCGUAUCUCUUAAUGCACUCCCCUACUCCGAAUUGCUCCAGAUAGCUAAAGCUGUUCCGUCUCAGAAUAAUAGUCCAAGACCAAAACAACCUGCUGAAGAAGAUGGUAAUCUUGAGGCUGAACCAUUGAGUCUUAUAGAAGCCUUACGAAGUUCAAGGCGGACGGCAUUUCGACGAAAACUGAGCCCCUCCAAGUUUUCCAACAGUCAGGAUAAUCCCUUUAUUAUUGAGGACGAUGAUGACGAGCCUGAGCAAACUCAUUCUGCUUCUCUUCAUGACAAAGUCUCCAUCACUGGAGACACCCAGUCUUCCCCUGUCAUGAAGUCUCCAACUCAUCAUGCUGAUGCGGCGACAAUUUCCCGGAAAUCGACCUCAUCUAGCAAUUUGGGAAAACGAGGAUCAGCCUUUCGGGCAGUUACCUCAGAUUCACCUCAACCGACCUCACAAUAUUUAAUGUCAUUUGAAGCAGCUCGUAGCUUGCUACCUGAUUAUAUGGUCAAAUCAGCUGCUGACAUCUUUGGUGAUGAUUUUGAUGGAGUUCUCCGUGUUCUUAAAGCAUUAGCUUCAGGGCCAGUCGAUGACUCCUUGAAGGCUGAUCUGAACAAGUUCGCAUCCACGGCGGAGGAAACCCGGAAAUCCUAUAGCACCAAUACUGCCAUCCUGAAGGAGUACGACCAAAAAUCUGCCGAAGCGCGCUCAUUGCUUGACGAGGCGGAGAAGCUGCGUAAUUCUUCGUGUAAUGUAGAAUCAGAAAUGGCUGCCUUACGGGCUAAGAAGAUUUCGCUGGAACUGGAGAGAGCUCAAAUUGAAUUGGAUUUGAUCAAUGUUCGCCGCCGCCUGGAUGAAGUGAACGGUGCCUUAGACACUUCUGCGGCAGCUGCGGAAGCCACCGCGACUCGGGCUGCAGAGUUGCAGAAAGCUAAUCGGUUCCUGGAGCUUGCUUGCGCGGAAGCUGCCUCGAGGAUCAAAGCAGCCGAGCAUGAAUGGUAUUCCUUGGCGUCGAUUCUUAGUCCGUUGUGGCCGGCAAGCCCGUCCAGGGAGAUUGCUUUGGAUGUGAAACCUCUGUCCAUGGUGCGACCUGAUGAGAAUCUGUCAACACAGGAAAAGGAUGGACCCAGUAGCCCUGCAGCAGAAUCAUGAUCAACAAUAAAUAUUAGUUUCUUCAUGAAUUACUAUUAGCUGUCUUGCCUUUGCCAAUAGUUUGUUGCUUUGAACAAUUGAUCCCUGGAGGGAUUGCUCUGAAUUUCUCAGUUUGAACUUUGAAGUAGG